UGGCAUACUUAGCCGAUAAAAUGUGAAGUUCUGGUUUAUGAGUCACGAGUUGCAAUGUAAGCGGAAUGAUGGAUGUUCAAGUGAACGAGCCGAACAAAUGGCAUCGUGGGGGUCUCUUGUGUACUCUUAACAGAAGCUUUCGGCUGGCCAGUGGCAGAUCCAAAAACGCUCAUACUGAAAACAGACCAACUAUAAGCUUUCCUGAGAUGUCCUCGACGGGUCUAAAUGCGUGUAGCGAUGGCGAGAGCGCGCUGAGGCCGCUUGAGAUCGUGGCGCCGCGCAUCGACACCUACCGGUUCUCGAUGGCCAACCUCGAGGAGACGCACGACGCGGACCUCGACGCCAUCCUGGGCGAGCUCUGCGCGCUCGACUCCGAGUACGACGAGGAGAUAUCGAGGGUCUCUUCAGGGUACUCGUCGAGCAGCAAGGGCGAGGGGCCGGGCUGCACGCGCCGGCCGGAGUGCAAGGACGCCUGCGACGGCGCCGCCGUGCCCCGGACCGACUCGCCCGACAAUGACUCCGCCUUUAGUGAUACUGUUUCAAUGCUGUCGAGCGAAUCCUCGGCGUCGAGUAGUGCCAGUGCAAAAUGUAAAGCGAUGAAACUCAAUUUACAUCAAGAUCAAAAGAACGCAAGUUUCCAACAGAAGGCGGAUAAGAUAAAGCUGGCGUUGGAGCGCAUGCGCGAGGCGAACAUCAAGAAGCUGUUCAUCAAGGCGUUCUCUACGGACGGGUCGUCGAAGAGCCUGCUGGUGGACGAGAAGAUGAGCUGCGGCUACGUGGCGCGCCUGCUGGCCGACAAGAACCACGUCUGCAUGGAGCCCAAGUGGGCCGUGGUCGAGCAGCUGCCCGACCUGCACAUGGAGCGUGUGUAUGAAGACCACGAGAUGUUAGUGGAUAAUUUAAUGUUAUGGACAAGAGAGUCGAAAAAUAAAAUAUUAUUCGCCGAGAGGCCAGACAAAAUAUCAUUGUUUCAAACUCCGGAGAAGUUCCUUUUAUCGGAGGAUGACAGAGGCUGGUCAAGCGAGCACGAUGAGCAUUCGCGACAAGUGAUCUUGGAAGAAUUCUUCGGGCAGAGCGGCGCGGCGAGCAGCACGGCGCCCUCCGUGUCGGGCCACCCCGUGCCCCCCAUGGAGGGCCCGCUCUACCUCAAGAGCGAUGCCAAGAAGGGCUGGAAGAAGUACCACUUCGUCCUCAGACCUUCCGGUCUCUACUAUUCGCCGAAGGAUAAAGUGAAGACGCUGAAGGAGCUAGUCUGCUUAGCGACUUUCGACACGAACGAAGUUUACUUAGGAUUGAAUUGGAAGAAGAAGUACAAGUCGCCGACCGACUACUGUUUCGCCAUCAAGCACCCGAGGCUACAACAACCAAAGAGUGUUAAGUUUAUUAAGUUCCUGUGCGCGGACGACCAGCGGACGCUGGAGCGAUGGGUCACCGCCAUGCGGAUAGCCAAGCACGGCAGGCAGCUGCUGGAGAACCACCGCUCGCUGGUGGAGGAGCUCACGCAGGAGGACCUCGACCACCUCGCGCACGCGCGCUCCUGCUCGAUAACGUCGAUCCCCACGAAGACGGGCGGCGCGGCGGCGGCGGGCGCCAGCAGCCCCGCACAGGCCUGCAGCAUCUCGAGCAACGCCAGCGUCGCCAACUCCGACAUCAGCAGUGGCAGGCACUCGCGCGCCUCGUCCUCCAGCUCGAGCGGCUGCCUGUCCGACGGCGGCACGGCCUCCGAGAGCGCCUUCGACUGCGAGUUCCCUAUGGGAACGAUAAAGCGCAAGCCAUCGAUGAAGCCGAACAUCCCGCUGACGUGGAUGACGCGGCAGCUGAAGGAGAUGGCGGAGACGGAGGCGGCCGAGGCGGGGGGCGGCGACGGCGGCACGCUCACGCGCACGCCCCGCGCCGCGCGCGACGACUCCACGCUCAAGCGCCGCCACCACAUGAAUUCCUCAGAGAGUGCAAUUUAUGGCAGAGCGACACUGAUGAACAGCCCGGCUCGGGACGAGCCAGCGUCCCCGGGUUACGGCAUCUACGAGAGCAUCCCUCGGGACGCCGCGCCGGCCGCCGACGCCGGCUCCUCGCUAUACGGAUACGCCGGCCUGUACAAGCCGGCCGCCGACGACCUGCCCCCGCCGCCCGCGCUCGAGCCUGACGCCAUGUUCAGCUCCACGCUCAGCCUGGACUCGCUGCCGCCGCCCCCGCCGCCGCCCGACCCCGUGGAGGACCUCUCCGGCUCGCAGCUCAGCCUACCUCCGCCGCCGCCCGAGCACACCAUAGACACUCAGCCGGGCCGCGUGCACGACAUCGUCAACCAGCUGACUUCGCAUCAGAUCGAGCAGACCGGCCGGGCGGGCCUGUCGCGAGCCAACUCCCGGAACUCCGACCUGAGCCGCUCGUUCCCGCGGCAGCCCUCCCUAGACAGCGUCAGCUCCGGCACGUCGCGCACAUCCUCCCUGCAUUCCGAUAAGAGCAUCUACGGACAACAGAACGUCGCGUACGGUGCAUGUCUAGCUGAACUUCAAAACAAGAAGUUGAGUAACGGCAGUCCCUCCAUUCAGAAGAAAAUUCUAGCGGAGCCGACGAAGGAACGCACGGGCUCAAUGAAGAAAGUGAAUUUCUCCGACGAUUUGCCGACGUGCACCACCGACUCCGCGAAAAAGAACAAGAAAAUCACGUUCAACUUGAAAGACGCACCGCCACCGUCGCCGCGCAAGCCGCCCCCUCCGAAACGCAACGAAAGCACGCGACUGUCGUCUCCUAAGAAGUUAGCAGAUUCCAACAGCAACCCGCCCAAAGAAUUCCUUAAAGAUCUGCAACGCGUAAUGAGAAAAAAAUGGCAGGUCGCUCAAAAGUGUAAGUUGGAACCCGCGACGACACCUCACGAAGUACUGGGCUUCCGAGAAUAUCCCCUGUCGGAAGACUACAAAGAGACGAGCGUAUCGAUGUGGGUGCAGGAGCAUUACGGGAGCACGGUGGAGGACCCGUUCUACGAGAACGUGUACGGGCGCGAGGCGAGCUCGGCGCCGCGGCGCGAGGAGCCCAGGCCCAUCAAGAAGCGGCCGCCGCCCGCGCCGCCGCGCCGCAGCGACUCCACGCACCUCUCCUCGCACCCGCUGCCCUCCGCCGUGCACCCCUCCGCUUGAAACCUGCUGUGGCGCGCGUGCUGCUGGCUGUGGACGGGCCGGCCGCCCGCCGCCGACGCCGAUGACGCGCACGAUCAUAUCACUACUCGACACUACUGUGAUAGCUUCAACGGUUCCGCUAGUACAGCUGACGGUGAAGGCCGUGCGUGAUGUCGUUUUUAUAUAGUGUAUAACGUAUGGGCGAACAUUUCAGACGUUCAGGUCAAUGCUUUAGUUUUUCUGUUUUUUAUUGAAUAGUUAAAAUUGUAACAUUUACACUACUGACUACUAAAUGUAGUGUGGCUCUGGGUGUUUAGGAGUAAUUAAGUAAGUCACCGACGAGUGUACGUAUGCCUAUUAUAGUAACAAAUUUUAUUAUGAUCAUAUUUCAAGUAGAUAAGGAACCGAUAUUACUGUUAGUACCAAACUGUGCGAGCACAUGUCGUGUCCAAUAAAUCGUUUGCAAGGUAUGUUAAGCGCGUUUAGUGAUAGCGUGAAAUUUAAACAACUAAUGUAAGACGAGACAAAUGUGGUCUUAACUAAAUAAGUGUGCUAGUAGAAGCUUAUUAUUCUAUCUGCUAAAAGUAAUGUAACUAGGUAAUUUUCCAGAACAAGUUCUGACAAGAAAAGUGAAGACCAAUUUCGAUAUUAAAAUGUUAUUAUUUCGAAAAAUAUAAUAAAUAAUUUAUCGUAAUUUGAAAGGCGGUGCUAUUUUGAGAAGGUAUAAUGUAUUGUAGGUUAUUUGCAAGUCUACUUGUAAUAAAACUGUUUUUAAAAUGAGCUACCUAAUAUAGAUAGUUUUAAGCUCAAAAUAAUAUCUAAGUAUUUUUAAAACAUUUUAUUUAUUUAUUUAAAAAUUUAAUAACAUGACAGUUUAAUUUAUGUAAGACAGUUGGUUACAAGUGGACGGACAAAAUGGUUCAGGGCACGAGUCGGAGUUUUGUGUCAAUUUUUACUUUGUGUUCCUAGUGAAAAUAUAAGAUCGUUUGAAAAUCUUAGCAGAUUCACGUCAAGUCAGGAAAUAAUGUAUGUUAAUAAUGUUAUAUUUGAAUGAAAGGCGUCAUUUUACAAAUGUUAAAAGACACAGCCGGCAAGUGUAGGAGGUAAAGAAACUCCUGAUAGAUACGGUACAAUCGUAUUCAAAGACAGGUGCACUUAUAAGUGUACUCGACUCAAAUUGCUGGUACAAUUUGUAUUUAUUCGGAAGAAUGUGUUAGGUAAUUUGAAUUUGCUAUGUUAAUUUACGCUAAAUAUCCUGCAAUGUUAAAAUUGAACUCCGAACUAUCGGCAGCUCCUAUAGGACCGGAGUCGUGAUUUUUAUUUUAUUAGUUAUGCUUACAAAACUUAAUCUAACAGAGUAAAUAAUAGGUUUACCUACUCAAUCACAAUGUCUUGUAGUUAUUCCUUUUAAAUGUUCUAUUUUAUGCAAACCAGCCGGCGUAUCACGCUUCGAACUUUUUCACUUAUCCACGUGGAUAAGACGUCUGUCACUCUCACACUGACAUACUUGCCAAAGCGUGACGGAUACUUUAUCCACAUAGAUAAGUGAUAAAAUUGGAAGCAUAUAAUACGCCGGCAGAAAGCAGUUAAUAGUUUGUGUUGUAGUUGAAUUGUGGCAGCAUUAAUUAAGGAAAUCUACCAUUCCACUUAUAAGAACAUGAAGGAAAACAAUCUAUUCUUUCAUUUUGGUUUGAUCCGAGAACGUCAACCGGUUAAUUUAUAAAAAAACAUCAAUUAAACACUUGAGAAUAAUUAUUUCCUACUUACUCUUUUGAUAACUUACUUUUGAGUAUUGUACCUAGAUUAAAACAAAGAAUCGGAAAACAUUUUAAGGGUAGGUAUUAAAUUUGAAGAGAUUCUAUGUAUGACCUUGACAUUAGACGGCAAAUAAAAUAUAGAUACCUAACUAUUUAGUUAAUAAUUCCUAAUUUAGUGCCAUAAUUUAAACAUAUUUUGCGUUUUUUUGGCAAGGUGAUUCAUGUUUAUUUCGCUGAAUAAAAUAAAUAAUAUAAUUUAUAAGGACUAAUCUAUACGUUCAUACGAUUAUUUAUACGUCCCUACCGUAGUUGGCAAAAGUCACGUACCUACCGCCUUAUUUUAUACACGUUUACUCGUAUGACGUAUGCGGAAACAAAUCCUACACGUCAAAAGGACAAGAUGUAAAAAUAAAAAUAACUCCAAUAUCAUGAAGAUCUCAGUGUUGGCAUAAUGCGUUACUUAUUUAUUAUGUUCGGGCUGUGAUUUAUUUUUUGUGUCUGGCUUAGUUUCUGGUAUUGAAUUGUAUAAGUACCCCGUUAAACAAACUAAACUGAAGUGAAUGCUACUUGUGCAAAAUUUAAGAGAUUUCAUUCCACGGUAACACACUGUUUUAAUUUACGUUAUUGAUACGAUUUAUAUAAUUCUAAGGAAGUUAAGCGAUGAAUUUUCUCAGGCUAGACUGGAACUGGAAGUACAAAAAUAUACAUGUAUAGGUACAUAACCUCGGGUGAAUUUUACUUCGAUUACGAAAUUAUCGAUACUCUAAAUAUAUGUACGAAUUUUGCUAGUUCUAGUCUAGAGCUUAUCUUUUCAACAUUAUAGGUACCUAGUUCUUUAUCUAAUUAUUACAACCGGUCUGGCUCAGUCGGUAGUGACCCUGCCUGCUGAGCCGCGGUCCUGGGUUCGAAUCCCGGUAAGGGCAUUUAUUUGUGUGAUGAGCACAGAUAUUUGUUCCUGAGUCAUGGAUGUUUUC